UCGGUUAUUGUGAUCGAGAAACCCCUUCUAUUUUACAUACAUUCGUUUCAUUCUGAUAAUACAUACGUGACUUUUAGUUUCUGAGAAACAAUUAUAAAUAUGCGAAGAUUGUAACCUCAGAUAGAUCGUCAAGGGUUUCAGCUUUACGAGAUAAUGCUUUUGCUGGCGGAAUGUUAUGUACGAUAAGGUUAAUAGUCUAUAAUAAUAAACAGAGAGCCUCGACCGAUCGGCGGACAGUAGCGCAAUGAAAGCACCAGUAAUCGGAAUGUCAGCAUUUGCCAGCCUUUUAUUGUUUCUUCUUCCCAUCCCGGGAUUAACCCAAUUUCUCGACGGGGAGUGUGGAAUUCAAAUAGAAAAUAGUUCUUCAAGUCCCUGGAUUGCUUUUCUGCACACCACCGAUUUGGUAUUUGUGUGCGUCGGAACUCUGAUUACAAACAAACUGGUACUUACUGCAGCUCAUUGCAUAAUGUCCAACGCCCAACUAACAGCUCGUCUGGGGGAAUUUACGGGAUCUCGUGAAGAAAACAACACUUUUCCAGUGGAGCACCAAGUAAAGAAAUUGUUCAGGCACUCUUUUUACGAUAUGGAUACAUAUGCAAACGAUAUUGCGAUUCUCGAGCUGGCUACAUAUGUAGUGUAUACAGAAAACAUCAGACCCAUCUGCAUUUUGUGGGAUCCUACAUGGAAGCAGUAUAUCGACAGCAUACAGGUGCUUAGUGGUCCUGUUUGGGGAAAGGCCCAGGACGAGGAUGAAAGCAAUGGGCUCAGAAUGCUGCAUAUCAGGCGCCAGCCACCAGAAAUGUGUACCACUAUGCUCGGUACCACACUUAACAACCAGUUUUGUGCUGGAAACUCAGAAAGCAAUCUAUGUAAUAUCGACUGCAGUAGUCCGCUAGGAGCAAUGAUUCCAUAUAAGAACACCCAUCGAUUUAUACAGAUUGGUAUUGCGACCACAAACCAAAGAUGCAAUAAUCCGAGUGUUUACACGGAUGUACUGUUCCACAUCGAUUUUAUCCUCAGGGUGUGGCGAUAUUAUGACAAUGGUCAAGGUGAACAGUCGCAAAUCAAAUAA